GUGGGAACGCGUCAUAUAGUGACCUUCAUGCUGUUCUUGGGCAUGGCGAACGCCUAUGUGAUGAGAACCAACAUGUCCGUGGCGAUCGUCGCGAUGGUCAAUCACUCCGCGAUCGCCAGUGAGCAUGAUAUAGUAGCGAAAGAAUGCGGGCCUGACACCCACGCCAAUGAUUCCGCUCCAGUGCACAGCGCCAGCGACGGAGAGUUCGUGUGGGACAGUACGCAGCAGGGUUACCUGUUGAGCUCGUUCUUCUAUGGCUACGUGAUCACACAGAUACCAUUCGGUAUACUCGCGAAACGUUACGGAUCAAAGUACUUCCUCGGUGUCGGGAUGAUGAUCAAUUCCGUGUUCGGAUUACUAGUACCAGUAUCCGCGCGCCAAGGCGGUUACUAUUCCCUCAUGGCCGUCCGAUUCAUUCAAGGUCUGGGCGAGGGUCCAAUUGUGCCUUGCACGCACGCGCUGCUGGCCAAGUGGAUACCGCCGAACGAACGCAGCAGGAUGGGAGCCUUUGUGUACGCCGGUGCUCAAUUUGGUACAGUAAUAUCGAUGCCUCUGAGUGGUAUCCUCUCUGAAUACGGAUUCAGCGGUGGCUGGCCAUCGAUCUUUUAUGUGUUCGGAGCAGUAGGUACCCUGUGGUGCAUCGCUUUUUUGUUGAUCGUGUAUGAGGAUCCGGAAAGACAUCCUCAUAUCCCCGAGGACGAGAAGAAGUAUAUACUGAGCGCUCUCUGGGGCAGCGCUGGAGCAUCCUCCCCACCCGUGCCAUGGCGGUCGAUCGUUACGUCGCUGCCAUUCUGGGCCAUCCUGAUCGCGCACAUGGGUCAGAACUACGGAUACGAGACGCUGAUGACGGAACUGCCAACGUUCAUGAAGCAAAUUCUGCACUUCGACAUUAAAUCGAACGGCACCAUCUCCUCGCUUCCAUACCUGGCCAUGUGGCUGUUCUCGAUGGUGAUCUCUCACGUGGCCGACUGGAUGAUCUCCAGCGGAAACUUCAACCACACGUACACGCGGAAGAUCAUCAACAGCAUCGGUCAAUUCGGGCCUGCGAUUGCGUUGAUAGCAGCUUCCUUCACCGCGUGCAAUACCUGGUUGACGGUCACCCUCUUGACGGUCGGCGUAGGUUUGAACGGUGGUAUUUAUUCGGGAUUCAAGGUGAAUCAUCUGGACAUAUCCCCGAGGUUCGCUGGCGUGUUGAUGUCCUUCACUAAUUGUCUGGCAAAUCUUGCUGGCCUUCUCGCGCCUAUUACUGCUGGAUACAUAAUCGUCGGAACGCCGACGCAUGCGAAAUGGAGGCUGGUGUUCAUGAUCUCGGCGGUCGUUUACAUCGUUUGCGCCAUUUUCUAUAUAAUAUUCGGCUCUGGUCAGAGGCAGUCGUGGGACAAUCCGGAGAAGGACGAGGACAGGCACGAGAAGCAGGGCUUGGACACCGUGAAAUCUGUAAUAGAAACGCAACAUUGACGAUGAGCUUGUUUCUGCGACAUAUUCUCGUUCACUAUCUCUCUAUUUCUCUCUUACUGCCAUUACGGCGAACGCACAGUUGCUCGAGAUAAGUUGUGGCUACCUUUGCCCCCAUCUGCGAUUCAUUCCUGCCACGCUCAUUCGAUCAUUCGAUACCGAUUGGCUGCGAGAAAGCGUCAAGAGUCGUUAACGAGAUUAACGUCGCUAGCGUUCACAAGUUCGUGCAAGUUUGUGAUGAUCUUCUUGUGGUUCGCGGUUCCAUAUUUUCUCCGGGUCCCCCCUUUUAUUUAUUCUUCCAUCCCGCUACUCCGUAUUCACCAAUAGGAUCUAACCCCUUCGUGCCCCCUACACACGGUACAGGUAAGUAUUGUUUCUUUUUGUAGAUACACAUCAGUCUGUUCCGUCGCUAAUACAAUGAAAUCGCAAAGAAAGUUUGCUUGAAAAUGUAGUUCAAAUUGAGAAAGAAUGUUUCUUUGAAACUCGCACUGCGCAUGGUUACGAGUGUUGGAAUAUCCGCAAUGCUCUAACAGAAAACCAUCAUCAGCGAAAAAAAACAAUUUUUAAAAGAAAAACAAUUGAUAUUGUGGGGCACGAAGAAGUUAGAAACGUGCGCCAAAAUACAAGAGAAGUUCGUUCAGUCGAAAAAGUGGACGAAAGCAAGAGCACGAUAAGAAAUUUUCGAAACUGGGACAACCUUUAACUUUUUUCUAAGGAUAAUGUCUACUUGCAUUUGUUUUUCAACCACAAAUUCUUGAAAUAUUAACGAAUCGAACAAUUAAAAAGAAUUUUAGGUUUUGAUAUAUUUUUUUUUUAUUUUUUUGAGUUUUGUCAAUUGUAUUUUUUCGAUUCUUUAAUAUUUCCAGAAUGCGUGGCGAAAAAGAAAAUUUCAAAGAUGAUAUCGAGUUUCCUACAAAACAAGUCGGAUAGUUACGUUAAAACAAGCAAAUGUAAGUGCAUGUUAUAUCGUUGCAACAAAUAACAAAUUAUGUCGUCGAAAGAUCUAGCACGAAGGGAUUUAACUUCUUCCACCAUGAAUUCUGUAUGUCAGCGAUUAGAAAAAGCCGCAGCUUGUUCCAGUUUCUAGAAUUCGAACUCAAAUUGUAUGCAAACAUUUGCGCAUAAGUCGAAUCGAACGUAAUGUCGUUUCUGCGCGAUCCAUGGAAUAAGUUAAGGAGAGAACGACGAUGAGCAUAUGUGUGUGGUUGUCGUAGAUGCGUGUAUGUCCCGAAAGAGCGAGAGGAACGAGAAGAAAGAUAGCAUGCUCGAACUUGAGAACAGAUAGAGACAAUGAAGGAGAGAGAAUAUUUUACAUUUUUAUAGAAUCCCAUUUCGUUUAUCGAAGAUUGCGUGCCUUACGAUCGAAAAUGCUAGAAUAAAGAUUGCAUCGAAGUUUCUUCGGAUCUUUCGGAACCGCUUCGUCGCGUGUUCUUCUUUUGUUCAUUUUACAUUGGUGGGUAGCUUCAUGAGCCCAAAGAUUGGCAAAAUUCUUCUCGAUUAUAAUAGAUAAACGGACUGCAGAUUUUUGUGCAUCCAUAGCGUAUGUUAGUUCUUUGCACUCUAAAGGGAUUAGGGUAUUCAUAAAGAAAUUAACAGAAGUUCGAGUUCCUGAGAGCUUUUUUUGGAGUCCACGAACGCGUAAGUUUGCAGUCUAGAAAUAACCAAAACCCUCUAAGUGAAAUUUUCAUUUUUAUUUAACGGAUAUACAAUUAAUUUCUAUUAGUUAUAAAUUUUGUAUUUGGAUAAGAAUUUUGCCCAUCUCUACCACGGAACACGAACCAAACUACAAAGAACGACACGGAACGACGAUUCGUUCGACCUCUGUCCGCGUCCGUGCACAAUACAGUGCGUCGCAGAAGUAUUCGUAUUCUCCCAAUUGCUGAUUUAAAACGAUUGAAAUAUUUUAAAGACAAAAUGUUACAAUAUUAAUGUGCCAUCCUAACCCUUUGUACAAAUGAAGUAGCUUACACCUGAAAGCCUCAAUUAACAUCAUCGAAUAACUUAUUUGUGAUUAUUAGUUUAUUCGUAUCUUAUUCGAAUUCCAGUUGUUGCAUACAACUGUUAUCUUUCAACAAAAUUAAUAUUAAUUGAAAGUUAAAUCAAUACAGUGUAUAUAUUUUUAUCCAUGAAGAUCCUGUACCAUUUAUCUACAAAGGACGUCAGCAAUCAAAUAGUAGGAAUACUUAUGUAACUCCAUUGUACGUGCACGCAUGCAUACACGCGUGGCAACAGUAUUAGAGCGAAUAUAUCCUAGCAUUCGCCCUUCCCCUCCCCCCCCCCCCCUCAUUGCGCGCCGCGUUUAUCGCAAACAACUGCCAUUUUGUAUUGUAUCACUAAAAUUGAUCGCAGAAAAAAGAAAUGUUCGCCAUCCACCCUCCUCUGACCCAAUCUCACGCCGGGAAUCUUUCACUUUCAAAAAGCGUUUUGCGAACACUUUCUUGCAAUACAACAAUGGUUUAUACAUAUUGUAGAUAUCUCUACGCGUAAGUUUCUACCACGCUAUAGACAUUUAGAAACAUUAAUUGCUCUUACUUAUUUAUAUACAACGUGUACAAAGCAGAAAAGAAAUGUAGGGAAGAAAGUAAUGAUAACUUCGAAUGUUCCUGAAAAGAAAGAAAAAAAAAAACGAUAAACAUUCGAAUGAAAGGAUGUAUGUCUGCAUAGUGGAAUGCAUUUUCUCUUUUUUUUAAUUAUUAUUGUUGUUGUCAUUAUUAUAAUUAUUAUUAAUACAAUUAUUGUUAUUGUUA